GUGAGACGAUGGUUAUCAUGUCUGGAAACUCAUUCAGCGCUCACACUUACCGGACUCGGCCACCCUUUGCUUGAUGAACUAAAGAGGACAAAAAAACAAUCUGCACUACAUCUAAAGACAUGAGGGACAGACUGAGUCACCUGCAUCGAGUGCAGAUUGACACCGAGGGCUUCAGCACGGUGGACCUGGACAACGGGACGCAGGGUGAAGCAGCUGGAUGUGAAGCUGCAGCGUCGAGCGCCGAGCCACAUCUGGAUGGAGUCCUGCAGGAAGCCCAGCAGAUCCGCCUGCAGAUCCAGCAGAUCCAGAACGACAUCAGUGAGCUGAAGGACGUGAACUACCAGGCUUUGAACAAGACCUCGUACGCCGCCGCCGCCGCCGCGACAAAGCGAGACUCCAACGCCAUCGGGACUGAUAUCAAGCGCAGAGCGGAGGCCGUGCUGCACCGACUGCACAUGCUGAAUGACUUGAAGGGGGAGCUGGAGUCGGAGCGUGGCAGCUCUGACCCCGCAGCGCGCAUCGCCAGAACGCAGUACCAGUGCCUCAGCAACGCCCUCCGGGAGGUGAUGGUCAGCUACAACGACGCAGAGAUGGGCCACAGGGAAGCCUGCAAGCGGCAGAUCCAGAGGCACAUGGAGGUGGUGGGCAGGGACGUCAGCAGGCAGGACCUGGAGAGGAUGAUGGAGGAGGAGGAGGAAAUAACGGUGUUCAGCGUCCAUUCGACGGGGAAGACUGCCCACUCCGCCCUCCAGCAGAUCAAGAGCCGACACGAGGAGAUCCGGGACCUGGAGAAGAGGAUCCAGGGGAUCCAGGAGCUGUUUCUGGACGUGGCUGUGCUCGUAGAGGAGCAGGGCUCCGUGAUCGAAAACAUCCAGAAAAAUGUCCAAAACACUGAAGGGGCCGUUCAAGAGGGCAUUUUUAAGCUGGAGAGAGCCACCGCAUCGGAUAAGAACAACCCCUUCAAAAAGAUGUUCUGUGGCUGCUUUCCAUGUUUUUACAACUAGGGUUAAAGUUUUUAUCCAUCGCUGCAACAUGUGAGACUGUAGCAUGUUUGAACUGGCUUCCAGGGUGACGAACAGUGUUUCAGAAAGGAAAACAAACAAACAUACAUGCACAUCACAUCAUAAAAUGUGGUGCUCUGCAGUACAAUCAUCUAUACAAACACAAUAAAAGUUCAAAUACAACUUAACUUUCUCUCUCUCAACAGUAUAAUGCAGCUCACAGUUCUCCAACUGUUUCAAACUACUAUCUGAUGUAUGUAUUGACGAUGAAUCUGUCGUGCGAAAGAACUUCUGAACAUCCGGGAAAAUGUUGGACUUUUCCAGGACGUGAUGAAUUCCACUUACAGAGUUACUUUAAGACUUGUCUAAACAUUCUGUUUCGGAUCAUUGGUUUGUUUCAUUUAAAAUCCACGACUCAGCUGACUGCAGAAGUAAAACAGUUGCUCAAAAAGCAUCACACUGAUGAAACCACGGUACAGUCCCAUCACUCACACUUCAGCUGUCAAAAACCUGUGGAUGAUUUUCAGCUCGAAAGGUAUAAACUCAUUCAGCGUCAGACGUCAAUUGUCUGUGGAAAGAGGAAAACCCCCAUGAAAGAAAAAGUGUAAAACUCUAAAUUACAAUAACAGUUUAAAAAAAAAAAUCUUACAAAAAGACUAAAAUUCUCAGUGGAUGUCUUCAUGUUUUCUCAAACUUUGUGUAUUGAGCUGAUUAGCAAAUGAUGCACUGCCAAGAGAAAUGUGCUAUGAGAAGUAAGAAAAUGCUUCAAGUGACAAUGGUAGCUUAUCUCAUAAACAGUUCAGAACAUACUUGAGUAAAUAUCUUCAUUCAAACUACUUUAUGUUUACAUUAUUGCUUAAAUUAUGUAUAAAGUUCAAGUGGAAGUAGGAUUAUAUGCAUUAAAAGAGAGAAUAGAAGUGUGAAGUUGUAUUUUAAGCCACGAUGCAAUGAUUCAUUUGAAGGUUGGAUGACACACUUGAAAAAAAAAAAAAACACGCACCAGUUUUUGCGCGAAAAAAUGCGCAAAAAAGGUCGCCGUGCUGCUGAAUAGAAGAUAAA